GCCGGCCCGCGUGCGCAGCAGCACUGGCGCGGCUUCCUCCGCGAAGGCAGAUCCUUCGCCAUGUCGGACAGCGACGAGGAGAUCAUCGUGCAGCACCUUGCAGAGGGUGAUAUCGCCGAGGGCUUCGUCACUCUGUCCUGCCUUCUCUGCCGCGUGGACGGGGGCGAGCGCGACUUCAGCAAGCACAAGAAGUUCGGCCUCGCCCCUCCACACAAAGCAUGCUUCAACGCGCUGCAAGCACUUGGGCGCACCCUGACCUCUCGCCCCGAUCUUAAGAAGAAGGUGAUGUCCCUCUUGGCCGCGGACCCAGAGAAGUUGCGGGCUAUCGCGCUGGCGAUGUUGAAUAAGCAUAAGCACGGCAGGAGAACGCACCAGCGCGAUCACGUGAUCGACUUCUGCGAGGAGCUGGUGGAGACGGACGGCCUGUUCACGAAGGAAGAGUUCGUCUACUUGCGCAAGCAGGCUUCCGUCCAGUGGUUCAAAGUGAGGGAGGGCUUGUCGGACGAGGAGGCGUUGCAGGGGCAGACGACCGUGGCCGCCGAGAAGCCCGUCGUGGUCGAGCGCAUCAAGGGCACGUCGCAGCAGACGAAGUACGCAUCUAAAGUGGAUAAGCCGUCUUCGAGCGCCUUGGGUCUCCGCGAGAAGCACGGCCAGGCUAUAUGUAUGUUCAGGAGCCGGGUGCCAUCCACGCUGGAGCGCAAGCGCCGGCAGAGACCCAAGUCCAACUGCGACUCGGCCGACGACGACGACGACGAGGAGCUGCCAGAGGAGCCAGAGGGCGGCCUGGCCGCCACCGCCGAGACGGAGCCCGAGCCCUUCGUUGAGCUCAAGGGGAAGAUGCCCAUCUCUAAGUUCCUGUCCGCCAAGCAGAAGUUCGGAGUGCAGUUCAAGGAGAGGUUGUCGGCCAUGGGCGUCUACAAGAGGGGUGACAUGUUCAACGUUUCCGACAAGGCUUGGGCGAAAGUCCAAGGUUGUGAUUGCGACCUCGAUGGCGUCGACUACGCGACGGUGACGCAGGCGCUGACCAGCGCCAUCACGAGCUGCAAGAAGGAGUGCGACGACACCAAGAAGUACAACCAGAGCAUGAACUUGGAGGAGUGCCAGGCCCAGGCGAUCAAGAGCAUCGAGACGCUCGAGGUCGCGCGGACAAACUUCGACGAGUGCGUGGCGGCCAUGCAACACAUCAAGAGCGACAUUCAGUCCGUCGCAGCCGAGGCCAGCCGCAAGAAGUAUGCUGCCAUCAAUCGUGUCGCCAAGAUGUUCGAGCAGCACAUGGCGGCUGAGCCCCUCGCCAAGGCUUUCGCGGCGUGCUUGCGCGACGCCGAGGACACUUUGAAGGACAAGGGCAAAGUGCUCGAGUUCAAGGACUCCGAGUCUCUUGACCUUGGUUCUCCGGUGCGGACGAAUGAGAAGAUCAUCGGUUGCGUGCUCGUGGAUAUCAUCAGGAAGGUCAGAGAUGAUAAUGACACGAAGCUGGGCAGGAAUAUCGAGAACCUCAAGAAAAAAUGA